AUGCAUAAAAUGGCCAAUGCACUCAAAAUCAAAGGAAGGCGCGAACUAUGGUGGAAACUGACUCCUGGGAGUAUAAACAACACCAAAGAAGAAGAAAAGGAGGAGAAGGUCGAGCAGAACACCAUCCAGCAGAAGGAAACAUAUCCCAAAGACGUUUGGCGUGCACGAACGAACCAACUCCCAAUCCGCUCGUUCGAACAGCCUCAAAUUUCACAAGGAGCCAUAAAACAUAAGGUAUUCGGAGCUUAUGGCGAAGGAGGGACCGGAGGUGAUGAUCGGAGAUGA